AUGCUUUCCUCACCAGAUUUCUCACUUGAAGAGUACGAGUUCUCGGCCCAAACUGGCUUUCUUCCUGAGACUCCUCCUCUGCGGUGCUUGCCAGACCAUUAUUACGCUCCCUGGGAGACCGUUGCCCAAGAUUUGGCUGCUAGUAUUGAAAACGGUACUAUUCGCCAGGCUGUCGAGAGUCUGCCGUUGCUCAAUACCACGAAACUGCGCACCAAGCCAGAAUGGAGGAGAGCCUAUGUGGUCCUUUCCUAUCUUACACAUGCCUAUGUUUGGGGUGGUGAAAUCCCCAAGGAGGUUCUGCCUCCUGCUAUCUCAGUGCCAUACCUGGAAGUUUCACGAUACCUAGAGCUGCCUCCUGUAGCAACAUAUGCAGCCCUUAAUCUCUGGAACUGGUCAACUUCAUCACCCAACGAUGACCUCACCUGUGCCGACAAUCUCUCCGUCACAUUGUCAUAUACUGGAACGAAAGACGAGGAGUGGUUCUUCAUGGUCUCUGUCGCCCUGGAAGCGAGAGGAGCCCGGGUCAUCGAAAUGAUGCUAAACACCAUCCAAGCCGUGACUGUGGGCGACGACCAGAGAAUAGUCGCAUACCUCAACCAGAUUACUGAAGGAUUUAAUGAGCUGGCUCGAAUUCUGGAACGAAUGUACGAGAAGAACCGCCCUGCCGUUUUCUUUCACUUACUCCGUCCGUACCUCGCUGGAAGCAAGAAUAUGGCAUCUGCUGGUCUUCCAAACGGACUGUUCUUUGACCAAGGAAACGGUAAGGGUGAAUGGCUCCAAUACAGUGGCGGGAGUAACGCUCAAAGCUCCCUUAUCCAAACUUUUGACAUUUUUUUGGGCGUCGAGCACACAGCCAUGGGAGGUCCCACUAAGACUGAGCUUCCAAAGGCAAAAUUGGGAAAGACUCCAUACAUCCAGGAAAUGCGAAACUACAUGCCCGGACCCCACCGACGCUUCCUUGAAAUGCUCACUCGAAACGCCAAUCUCCGUCCGUAUGCGAUGAGCUGCAAGCUCGGCUCACCUGUGAGAGAUGCUUACAACACCGCCGUCAUGGCUCUCGGCUCGUUCCGCGACAAGCACGUACAGAUCGUAACGAGGUACAUUAUAUUGGCCUCCAAGCUCCCUCCUCCAGCGAACACACCUGUGCGGAUAAACCUGGCUUCGACAACGCAAACCCAGAUGAAGGACUCGACUGAGAAGGUUUCCACAGGCUUCAGCGGCACAGGUGGAACUGAUUUGAUACCCUUUCUGAGGCAAACUCGUGAUGACACUAAGGCUACGGCGUACUAUGCGGAUUGA